UGUGAGGAUUGGAAAAAGUUCAAAGUCCGACAACCUUGAGGGGUCUGGCAGAAAGUCACCGCUUUCGGGCGGUUCGGCCCGCUCGGUCAGGAACAGAGCGGUCUCGAUCUCUAUCCGAUGGUCUCCAGCUUGUCAGCGCGUCAUGCAGCCAAAUGUUUGAACUCUGAAUGCAAGCAGGGUUGAACGGUCUUGUCACCUGCGAACACUCCAAGCCACUUCCAGUCAUCCAAAGAGCAAGACUUCUUCUGACGCUUCUUCUAUACAACUCACCUCUUCUCUACAAUCAAUUGACACGACUCGACAAAGAUGAAGUCGAUUCGUGCUACUUCGGCAUUGGCAUCCCAGGCCUCGGCCACGACAUGCUCACGAGCAGCAAUCGCAUCCCGCACCACGCAGUCCACACAGACCCGCUCAUUCUUCCCGAACCCCUUUGCGUCACAAAGUCUUCAGACAUUGACAGCGUCUCGCAUCCUCCCGUACGACGCAAAGACUCUCUACGCAAUUGUUGCCGACAUCCAGAGCUACCACAAGUUCCUUCCCUUCUGCAUUUCCUCCAACGUCACCAAGCAAUCCUCCCCAGGCGCCGAGGGCAAGACAUGGCCUGAAGAGGCAGAACUAGUCGUCGGAUACAAAGAUGUCAUGCGCGAAUCUUUCUACAGCCGCGUAUACUGCGCCCCCGAAUCCUUCAUUGUCGAAUCCGUCAGUGGAGAAACAAACACCACCGUCCCCAGCGACAGCAUAACCCACCACAACCCCCGCCCCUCUCCCUCCGAAGAUCCCGCUCGCAAUGCCACAAUCCUCACACACCUGCGCUCUCGCUGGACGCUAAGUCCUUUUCCCUACAAGCCCGCUCCCAUGGGGAAUGAAAGGCCUCAAGAAGUCACCUCGGACAUCCCGCCGAGAAUGCAGACCGAGGUGAAUUUGUCGAUUGAUUAUCAGUUUGCGAAUCCGUUGUAUACGACUUUGAGUGCGGCUGCGGCGCCAAAGGUUGCCGAGAAGAUGAUUGAGGCUUUUGAGAUGAGGGCGAGGGACAUGUUGGAUCGUCCUGCUGCUGCUGCCAAGACGCAGAAGUUCAAGGGCAAGAUUGGUGUUCCUGAUGAUGGUAUGAAGGCUUGAUUUGCUGUGUCAAUCAAGCAAUUAGAUCAAUCUUAUAGGGACGUUAGAAGAAUGUAUUCGACAUGAUUAC